GCUUCCGGACUGGAAGGGGGGAAAGCUUCCGGACUGGAAGGGGGGGAAAGCUUCCGGACUGGAAGGGGGGGAAAGUGUCCGGACUGGAAGGGGGUGAAAGUGUCCGGACUGGAAGGGGGGGGUGAAAGUGUCCGGACUGGAAGGGGGUGAGAGUGUCCGGACUGGAAGGGGGUGAGAGUGUCUGGACUGGAAGGGGGGUAAAUGUGUCCGGACUAGAAGGGGGGGAAACUGUCCAGACUGGAAGGGGGUGAAAAUGUCCGGACUGGAAGGGGGGGAAAGUGUCCGGACAGGAAGGGGGGGGAAAGUGUCCGGACU